AUGGCUGCUACAUCCUACACAACAUUACCAUCUAAUACAUAUGCGGGCCUCGGAUCUCAAGGAGAUCUUUAUCAUUCGGCUAACUAUGGCACAUACGAUUCAGGUGUAGGAACAUUAAUACAAGCUCCCAGUCAAUAUUCAACAAAUAAUUACGGUAAUCAUCUUAUAGAUAAUCAAUUACGGCCGCCCUAUUCAGAUAAUUAUCUUCAACCUUCGUACUCCAAUGAUAAUUAUAUAACACAAGAACCUCAGUAUUAUACUCCAGAUCGAUUUGUUCAACAAUCGACCUACAAUAAAGAUAGUUUAUUAAAUAAUUAUCCAAAUGCUCAAACACAAAUCUAUGAUGAUCGAUCGACAAUACCACAUAGUAUUGAUGAAAAUAAUACUAAACAACCAAUGCAAAAAACAACUCUCGAUGAUCAUCAUGUUGAGUCUAACAAUCGAUAUCAGCCAAUACAGCAGCAACAACUCCCAGCGUUGUCGGAUAAUAAAAAUCCUCAAUCUAAAUUGUCGCCACAAACGAAUUUGACUCGAUCUGAUAAUCAAAUGGCCACUAAUCCGCCUAAACAAAUGCCAACCAAUCAAAAUCAUGUAUCAUUGAAUGGUGGCAUUCGUAAUCCAUCGGAAACAACACUAAAAUCGAAUAAUCCUCCUAUUGAACUUAAAACAAACAAGUCAACUAAAAUGCGAGCCGCAGCCAUUAAACAAAAGGAAGAUAGCCGUGAACAAAAACAACGCGAUACAAAUCUUCUUGUGCCGAAAAAGAAAAUGACUCCACCGAAACCAACAAAAGUUCAAACACAUCCUGUAAGUGAUGUUGAAUAUAAGGAUGCAGGAAAACCAAAACGUAAUAAAAAAAAAUCGAAUUCCGUUCCAAAACAACGUACCAGCCGUCGAGAUGAUUAUCAAACUGAAGAUAAUAAUAGUUCGGGUGAUGAUAAUCCCAAUCGUCAACGUAGUCGAAGUCAAUCGAUGAAACGUAUGCCAGCGUCUGAUUCUCAUCAAGAAAAAAAUCUGGCAUUGCCACUGAUUCGACGUGGACGUGGGCCACCAAUCUACGAUCCUAUCUAUGAUUAUCCACUUCCGCCUAGAUAUCCUCUGAGAGGAGGACGACAUCCCUAUUACGAUGAAUUUCCACCGUACGGUCCCUAUCCAUAUCCUAUUCGAUCGGAAUAUCGUUAUCGUCACAUGUACGAAGAAGGUUAUGAUACACCACCGUAUCUUCCGUCGUCUCAUGCUCCUUAUGAUGGAUUUUUCGAUUAUGAAAAACGUAAACCGAAAUUAAAAUCGAAAACAUUUAAAGAUAAAAAAGAAAACAAUGAUGAUCGUGGAGUCGCAACUGAAAAUGAAACUGAACGUGAAGAUGAUAAAAAAAGUCAAGUACCGAAAAAAACAAAAACAAGAACAACAGCAAAAACUAAAAAUUCUAAAACGAAAGACGAUGACGAGGAAAAUGAGAAAAUCCAACAAAAAAAUGCAAAUCAAAAAUACGAAGAAGAAGGUGAAAUGUUAGAAAUGUGGCGUCAAGAAAGAAAUGAUUAUUUGAAACAAAAAUUUAAACCAACCGUUCAUGAUGUUCUCUAUUCUCAACAAUGGAUGAAAACAGAUAGUUACUUAGAAAAUCAACGACGUCGUGCAUUACGCGACAUUCAAGGUUAUUAUUUUCCUUAUAAAAAAUAUACUCUCAAAGAUUAUAAAGACUUACAAAAACAUGAUUCACAAAAUAAUCCAUACGCUUCUCUAAAUGAACCUUCUCCUGAUCGCAAAGAACGUGCUCGAAAACGUCAAGAAUAUGCAUCACAAAUAGAUAAACAGCCCGCAGAUCCAGCGGCAGCAAAUACUAAAACACCAAGAGAGACACCACAGAAAAAAAUUUGGCAUAUAAAUAAUAGUGAUCCAGACAGCGCUGACAAAUUAUCCAAGCGAGAACGAGCUCUUGAAUAUGCUAAAAUUCAAGUUGUAAAAAAUCGACCUCAGAAAUCUAGAAACGAUGAAUCGAAUGGUUCAGAUCCUACGGAACAAUAUGUUAAUGCUCUUUUUCCACAAACAAACGACGAUGAUGAGGGUUCAGAUAAUGGACGAUUUAGAAGAAAUAAUCGAUCUGCCGAAGAAUAUUACGAUUAA